AGCUGAUUGGGCGGAUGCUGCAGGUGAACGUGGAGGCUCGCUACACAGCACAGGACAUCCUCUCUCAUCCCUGGGUCACGGAUGACAACAUGGAGAACAACAUGAAGAUGGAGGUGUCAGGUAAACUGAGAACACACUUCAACACAGCACCAAAGCCCAGCACAACUACAGCAGGAGUGUCAGUCAUCAUGAACACAGCUCUAGAUAAGAAGAGGAUCCAGCUGACUCGUCGCAGCCAGAGGCCCACAGCACCACCUCCGCCUGGGAAGAAAGUAGUCCCUCCUGUAGCCAUGCCAGUCAAGCAAGCCUCACCAGUCUCACCCAACUCCAAGCUGUCAGUACCCACCAAGUUGGCAUCACCCACCAAGCCUGCCCUGCCAGUGGAGGAACCCAAGAGUCCUCAGACUGAUGUGCCUGUAUCCCCUCCCAUCUCUCCUUCAACACCUACCAGACCUGUUACCUCUCCCUCUGUCCCUGUCUCUCCUUCCUCUCCUACCAAGCCUAACAUCUCUAUCUAUCCUACCUCCCCUACCAGGCCCAACAACUCCCCCUCUCCUUCCUCUCCUGACAAACCUGUUAUCUCUCCCUCUCCUUCCUCUCCUGACAAACCUGUUAUCUCUCCCUCUCCUUCCUCACCUACCAAACCUGUUAUCUCUCUCUCUCCUUCCUCACACACUAAACCUGUCUUCUCUCCUUCUCCUUCCUCUCCCUCUUCACCUACCAAACUUCAAAUGUCCCCUUCUCUUUCCUCUCCAACCAAGCUCCAUGCCUGUGCCUUCCCUCCUGCCUCAUAUAAGCCUAUUACUUGCCCCUCCAACUCAUCACCUUCCAAACGCAAAGCCUCCCUCUCUCCUCCUGCCCCUCUCUCUCCCUCCUCUCCUCCCUCUCUUUUUACCUGCCCCUCUCCCUCCGACCCUCUGUCUCCCUCUGCCUUUCCCAGCCCUCCCUCACCCCUGACCUACUCCUCUCCCUCCUCUCCCACCCCUCCAUCACCCCUGGUGGGCCUUGACGUUGAAGCUGCUGCCAGAGACCUGUGAGAAAGAAUGAUGGAUGAGAAGACUGGCUGCUGGACCAUGGUCUAAUUUGUACCUUUCCAGCCCCCUUACCUCCACGCGCCGUAUCCCCAGACCUAUGAUUCGCAUGUAGGGGGCUAGAUACAGAUAGAACCUCCAUCCCCAGUAACAGUAUAACAGCUGAUGUCCACUGCUGUAUCGUUCCUAGGCUCCCAAGCAGCAAAUGGCAAAAAAAACAAGCAAAAUGGCUCCUACAACCUACAGUACAAUCUUUUUAGAGAACCCAUCAUAUCCACGCUCCGAGAGGGAAGUUGAGGUGUUUUGUAUAUUUUGGUUGAUUUGUAUAUACGGUAUGUGUGUAUUUAUAUAUGGAGAAAAUAGAGCGAGGCCUGGCUAGUUGGUGUGUGUGGUUUCAGACAGGGUUUUCUGGAAUGACUUCUGAUCAUGUUUUAUUUAUUGUCUGUGGUUGGUUGGUAGACACACACAUGUUGAUUAUGGGUAGAAGUAUAUUAUUUGGCGUGCUUGUUGUCUGUUGUAAGAUAAACUGCUACUGUAUGUAUGUAUUGUAUGACAGACACGAGGCAUCCGAAUGAAAGUUGAAGGUUUGAGUUUGUUUUCUUCUCUUGUCUGUAAAGCCUGUUUAUCAUUGGUCCGCUAUGGAGCCUGUAGUGUUUAACUGCUGAACACCAAAAGAGAAACGCAACAGAGUAGAAGAUGAACGUGUCAAUGAGGAGAGGUGUGCCUGUCAAAAUAGCUGCCAGAUCAGGGGUGUGUUCAGGGCGGCAGGUAGCCUAGCGUUUAAGAGCGUUUGGCCAGUAACCCCGAAAGGUCACUGGUUCGAAUCCCCCAGCCAACUAGGUGACAAAUCUGCCAAUGUGCUCUUGAGCAAGUCACUUAACCCUAAUUGCUCCUGUAAGUAGCUCUGGAUAAGAGCGUCUGCUAGAUGACUAAAAUGUAAAUGUUCAUCAGGAAGAAAACAGAGAAACAAGGAAGGGACUUCCUGGACAUGUCCUGUAAGAAAUGCUCAUUUUCGCCCUCCGUUGCAAAACCUUUUUCAUUGUGUGCCCUAAUGAACCUGACCCAGUAGUUAGAUUCCUUUUCUGAAACCAGCUGACAGGAAACACUGGGAGCUCUAUCCCCUCAUAUACUCAUUUAUCAGUCCAGAUUUACCAGAUAAUAACGUGAGGCUGUUCCACUUUGCUGUUGUCUUUGUCUGUAAUGGUAAUGCACUUGUUUUAAAGUCCAUGUUUAUGUCCCAAAUCGCACCCUAUUCCCUAUAUAGUGCACUACUUUUGACCAAUACCCUAUGUAGGGGUAUAUAGGGUACCAUUUGGGAUGCAAGACCCCAUAUCUUCUUACCUAGCCUACUGCAGUUGGUUAGGGUUUAACCCUUCGGAUAUUGAUAUUGGCUCCGAUGCACAUCACUACUACUCCAAGGGGCUUUAGUUGCAUGCCAUGUUCCUCCCUCUGCCUCCCCACAAAACAGGUCUCUCUCUCUCUCUCACACACACACACACACACACGUCAAGCUGGUACUAUUGUACGUAUAGUAGCUGUUCUGUUGUGUAAUGUUUAGUCAAAUUACACUGUCAUCAUCAGACUGCUUUUUUUAUUGCAGUUUUAGUCUGGAUACCUGUAUGGAAAAACACUCCUGUCAGCUUUGACCAGAACUUUUAGUUUGUACAGACAUUUAGCCACUGUGACUCCUUUAUCAUUAUGUAUUAGGAGCACAUUGGAAAACUUCAAACGCAAUAAAAAGUAUUCAAAUCCG